AGCACGGAUGAAUCCUCGGACCGAGAUUUGGGCGAGCUUUGGUUCGGUGGUGAGCUUGCGCCUCAACAGCCGAUGCUCUCCCACGAUUAGUAAUAGCUUGCGCGAUGGACGUGGUCUCCACAGAGCACGCGGGGUAGAGCUUGCGGUCAAGGCUCAUGAUCAUGUAUCGUCGCUCGUUGUAUGGUCGUAUCGUCGCGCGUCCUAUGGUCGUAUGUGGGCGGGAGGUUGAAAGUUCGGGUGGUAAGGGUCUGAACGCGUAGGCAGCAAAGCACACAUUUGCGCGCUCAUCCCAUAAAUUGAGACCUGUCCCCAUCCUGACUUUCAAGUCUCCUAUCUCCCACCUCCAUUUCCAUGUCGAAUACGAACAAUAUGACGCCAACGAACGAACUCGUGCAUGCAGGCCCGCGAGUCGCUAUCAUGGCUAGCGAUACCAGCCGCAAGCCAUCGAUGGUUGCCUGGUACGAGUCGCUGCUCCUCAACCAUCUUGAGCUGGUGAAUGGUAACCGCCAGUACUAUAGGAAGGUAUGCAGAUACUUCAAAGUCGACCUUCUUUCUCGCAGCGGGCUCUUUUCACCCUGCCUGGUUGAUUUUGACCCUCCGGCAUCUCCUUACGAUGAGCCGGUUACAACCAGGCAGCAGCGAUACGCGACUCUCUCUGCAGUCGGCUGCUGCAUGAUGAUGCGAGACCCUGACCUCAGCCGCGACCAGGCUGCCUUUGUCGAAAACCAGAGAAACGAGCUUCUGCAGCUUACGGAGGAUAUCAAGAGUAACGCAAGGCUCGCGGCGUAUCAGGAAAAGUUCCUCGAAGACUGCAGUCACCGGCGGUACGAUGACUGGAAGAUGCAGCUUCUCGAGACGGUCGACUUGGUGCGUGGGUAGACGUGAGCGGUGGAGCGAGCGAUGGAGCGGAGGAGCGAGCGAUGACGAUUCGGAUACACCACAGACGAUGGCUUGCGCGGGCGAAGGAGAGGAGCGAGGAGGCGGUCGAGCGUUCGGGCCGACGUCGCAGGAAAAGUUGUUGUUGUCGUUGUCGUUGUCGUUGUCGUUGGCGUUG